CGUACGUUGACGGUUCAAAGAACUUCCUUCCUUUCCUGACGCAAGUGCCCGGCAAGGCUGUCGCACGCUGUUUUAUUUGUUCUGCCGUGCAGCAAAACUGGAUUUUAUAACGCCUACGAGGUGACAGAUAAACUCCAAACAGUUUUCGCUCGGUCUAAGAUUAAAAGGUUCCUUCAACGAUGUCUCGUUUCUUUGCUACGGGAUCUGACAGCGAGUCAGAGGAGUCCUCCUCUGCGGACGAGAUCGCCCCAAAAUCAACAGGAACUUUCAAGCAGUCGUUGCUCGUCAGUGAUGAUGAGGAGGACACCAAGAGAGUGGUGCGCAGCGCCAAAGACAAAAGGUUUGAAGAACUGACCAACAUCAUUAAAACCAUCCGGAAUGCAAUGAAGAUCCGUGACAUGGCUAAGUGUCUGGAGGAAUUUGAGCAGUUGUGUCGAGCUUUUCUCAAAAGCAAGAACAUAGUGGACAAAGAAGGAGUUCCUUCUUUCUACAUCCGACUUCUGGCUGACCUGGAGGACUAUUUAAAUCAGCUUUGGGAAGACAAAGAGGGUAAGAAGAAGAUGAAUAAAAACAACGCGAAAGCCCUGAGCACACUGCGUCAGAAAAUCCGCAAAUACAACAGAGAUUAUGAAUCGGAAAUCACUGCAUACAAGGAGAACCCACAGGAGUCUGCAGAUGAGGAGGAGGAAAAGGAACCAGAAGAUUCCGGAUCCUCUGAAAGUGAUUCGGAUGGUGAGGAAGAAGUUACAGCCAAAGCCUUCUUGAAGAAGAAGCCCGAGGCUCUUCCAGAUGCCAGCAAGUUCCUCAAGUCUGCCAAAGGAUCUGGGGAUGAGUCGUCUUCUAGCGAUGAUGAUGAUGAUGAAGAUGAUGAAGGUUGGGGUUCUGACACUGUCAGUUCUCAAAGUGAGAGCUCAGAUGAGGGCGAGGGGAAGAGCGCUAACCUGGCUCUAGUCUUCCUGAAAAAAACCCAGGAGAGUGAUAAACCCACUGAAAAGAAGGUCAGCAAGAAGAAGAAGCCUAAGAAGAAAGAGCGGCUGGAGGAGGAGGCCGAAGACGAAGGAGAGGAGGCUGAGGGAGGCUGGGAGAAGGUGAAAGGAGGCGUCCCACUGGUCAAGGAAAAGCCCAAGAUGUUCGCUAAAGGCACGGAGAUCAACACGACAGUAGUGGUGAAGAAACUGCAUGAGAUCCUGCAAGCAAGAGGCAAAAAGGGAACUGACAGGGCAGCGCAGAUUGAACUGCUCCAUGCUUUAGCGGCUAUUUCAAAUGAGCAUAACCUGGGCCAAGGUAUCCUGGUGAAGAUAAAGUUCAACAUCAUCGCUUCACUGUACGACUACAACCCCAACUUGGCAGCAUUCAUGAAGGCUGACAUGUGGAAGAAAUGCCUGGACUGUAUUGAUGAGCUGCUGGACAUUCUCUUUGAGCACAACAACAUCUUCAUCGGGGAAAACAUAGCCGAGGACAGUGAGAACCUGGCCAUUUCUGACCAGCCCUUUAGGGUGCGUGGUUGUGUCUUGACGCUGGCAGAAAGAAUGGAUGAAGAGUUCACCAAGAUAAUGCAGAACACUGAUCCUCAUUCCCAAGAGUAUGUUGACAAUCUGAAAGACGAGGGGCGAGUUUGUGGCAUCAUUGACCGGCUGCUGAACUACUUGGAGAACAAGGGCAGCACAGAGGAGAUUUGUCGUGUCUAUCUGCGGCGGAUCAUGCACACAUACUACAAGUUCGACUACAAGGCCCAUCGCCGCAGCCUGGGCCUCCAAGGAGAGACCAAGUCCGAGCAGGACCAGGUGGAGAGCGAAGGAGAGGACAGUGCCGUGAUCAUGGACCGCCUCUGCAAGUUCAUCUAUGCCAAGGAUCGCACCGACCGCAUCCGUACGUGCGCCAUCCUCUGCCACAUCUAUCACCAUGCUCUGCAUUCACGCUGGUACCAGGCUCGGGACCUGAUGCUGAUGAGUCACCUGCAGGACAACAUCCAGCACGCUGACCCACCUGUGCAGAUCCUGUACAACAGAACUAUGGUCCAACUGGGCAUUUGUGCAUUCAGGCAGGGGAUGAUAAAAGACGCCCACAAUGCCCUGCUCGACAUCCAGUCCUCCGGUCGUGCGAAAGAGCUCUUGGGUCAGGGUUUACUUAUGAGAAACAUGCAAGAAAGGAAUGCUGAGCAGGAAAAGAUUGAAAAGAGAAGACAAGUGCCAUUUCACAUGCACAUCAACCUGGAGCUGUUGGAGUGUGUCUACCUGGUGUCUGCCAUGUUGCUGGAAAUCCCCUACAUGGCUGCACAUGAAUUUGAUGCACGCCGCAGGAUGAUCAGCAAACAGUUCCAUCACCAACUCAGGGUGGGAGAGAGGCAGCCAUUACUGGGACCCCCAGAGAGCAUGAGGGAGCAUGUGGUAGCUGCCAGCAAAGCCAUGAAGAUGGGAGACUGGAGGACCUGCCACACAUUUAUCAUCAAUGAGAAGAUGAACAGCAAGGUCUGGGACCUGUUUCCUGAGACUCAGAGAGAAAAACAGAUGCUGGUCAGGAAAAUCCAGGAAGAGUCACUGAGAACUUAUCUUUUCACAUACAGCAGUGUGUAUGACUCCAUCAGCAUGGAGAUGCUGUCUCAGAUGUUUGAGUUGGAAAUACCCAUGGUUCACAGCAUCAUCAGUAAAAUGAUCAUCAAUGAAGAAUUAAUGGCGUCACUCGACCAGCCGACGCAGACGGUGGUGAUGCACCGCACCGAGCCCACCUCACUCCAGAACAUGGCUCUGCAGCUGGCAGAGAAACUGGGCAGCUUGGUGGAGAACAACGAGCGAGUGUUCGACCUCAAGCAGGGCGUUUAUGGAGGCUACUUCAACAGAGAUCAAAAAGGAGGCUACCAACAGAAACAGUCCUACCAGAGAGAUCAGAAAGGUGGCUACCAGCAGAAACAGUCAGGCUAUCAGAGAGGCGGCUACAGGAACCAGAACCAAAGCAACUACUGAGCCGGCAGUGUGGGGUUUUAAACGCACCGUCUGAGAUAGUUUCAUUCCAUAACAAGCUGCACCAGAUGUCCACCUCUACAAAUCUUCACAGCAGAUAAGCGUUUUUGGAUUCAUGUUAAAACUUGGGUAGAACAAAAAAAAAUAUAAACAAUAAAGAAUUAACCGUGUGGCAA